UGCGAAAAUGUUCUUGUUAUAUUACAAUAAAAUAAAUAAAUGAAUAUGAUCACAUAACCAAAUCUACAGAAAUGAGCUGUGUAAUUGUUCCCAACCAAAGUUUCAAUGCAGAAAAUGCUUGCAAUGAAUUGCGUAAAGCAAUGAAAGGAUUAGGAACAAACGAAGAAGCCAUUAUAAAGGUUCUUGUGAGUCAUAACAAUGAGCAGAGGCAACAACUGAAAAGCAAGUUCACAGCUAUGUUCGGAAGGGAUUUGAUGGCUGACUUGAAGUCGGAACUGGGCGGUCAUUUGGAAGAUGCCGUCAUAGCACUUAUGGACCCCUUCCCUUUGUACCUUGCCAAGGAGCUGAGAGCUGCAAUGAAAGGGGCAGGCACUGACGAGGAGGCCCUCAUUGAAAUUUUGUGCCCCAGACCCAAUCACGAGAUCAAGGCUAUCAAGGCACAUUAUGAAUCACAUUUUCAGAGGAGUUUGGAGAAAGACAUCAAAAGCGAGACGAGCGGGCACUUUGAAUGCUUGUUGGUGUCCCAAGUUUGCGCCGGUCGUGAUGAGAACCCCAACGUGGACCACCACAAGGCAGAAGUUGACGCAAAAGCUCUCGUUGACGCAGGCAUAAAACAAGUGGGUACGGAUGAGUCUGUUUUCAAUUCCAUCCUCUGCACAAGAAGCUUUCCACAACUGCGGGCCACCUUUGAGAAAUAUCGUGCCCUGUGUGGGAAGGGCAUUAUCGACUCGAUCAAAAGUGAAAUGACUGGAACACUUGAAACUGGAUUCUGUGCACUAGUAACUUACAUAUGGGACUCCAACUUGUACUUUGCUGAGAGAUUGUUCAAAAGCAUGGCGGGAGCUGGCACGGACGACAACUCCCUCAUACGCGUCAUAGUGACGAGAUCUGAAUUCGAUCUGAAGCACGUGGCAAGAACCUACAAAGAGCACUACGGGAAGCCUCUAGCCGAAGCAAUCAGCGGCGACUGCGGUGGGGAUUACAAAAGAUUGCUGUUGGCCAUACUUGGCAAUAAUUAAAUAGAGCUUUAAAUACUUCAAAAUUAUUCAAUAUUCAACUUGUUAAUUUGACACUUAUAGAUCUGAUGAUUAUUACUUUCCGCUUUUUGUGGCUAUAUAUAUGUAUCUCUCAAUAGUAACUUCCGUCGUCAUACGAAGUUAUAGCUUGUUCAGCUUUUUGAAUUAGAUUUUGGUUACGUUGUUCAUUUUUUUCGGCUUUUUAUGUUUUUAUCUAUUUUUUGUUUAAAAUUUUUUUGUUCAAUGUAAUAGAAGUUUAGUGAUCAGGCAAAAAUUAUAUGAAAUUUUUAACGAUUCCAUGCAUCUUAUGAAAAAUUUGAAAAUGUUAAUUUGAAGGAUUUCGCCAAAUACAGUGGUGUGCCUAGUGAUACAAACAUGAAGAUGUUAUGAAUAUUUAAAAGAAGAUAAAAUAUCAAAGUAGAUUAAACAGAUGUAAACAUGAUGCACUAAAAAUAUAUAUAAUAUUUAUAUAGCGCUUAUUAAAAGUUUUUCUUAAAAAUGCUCUCAUCGAAAUUGAAUGUACAGUCGGACCUCCGUACGUCGAACUAGAUGGUUCCACGAAAUAUAUUCGCUAUAUAAAAAUUUUGUUUUCUAGAAUUUGUUUGGGAAAAAAAUCUAUAUUGCUUAAAAAGUGUAUGCUAUAAAAUUGCUAUAUAUUUAUGAAAAACAUCUUAGUCAUUUAUUUUUGUAACAAAAGUGAUAAUGCAUAGUCUAAUAUCAAAAAUAUAAACAGCAACAUUAUAUGUAUGUACUUACAUUAUAUGUAUAUAACAAGAAGCAAUUUUUUAAUAUAGUAAAACAGUAUUGCAAAUAUAAAACUUUAAU